AUGCUGGAAGCUCCCGGGAGGGUCUCCAGGCUCUCUACAGUGAUGCGAGGGGAGCUGUGGGUGCACGGAUGCUGGGGCGACCCCGCUGCGUUCCACAGCUCGGGGCUCACUGGGGUCCUCCGUGCCUGGGCUGCUCCAGUGUCCGUCAUGAGCCUAUGGGCUGGGCUGCGUCUGGCGAGGCGGAUCGUUGACGCGAUUGAUGCGGGGAGCGCCCGCAUUGCCCAGUUGAUUGCCACUGCGCAGAACCUGGAUCGUAUGGAGGCUGCCCGCAAUCAGAUCAGGCCAGGCGGACUUGCGGAGGGACACAGUCACCCGAGGCCGCCCGUCGCGUGUGAUCCAGCCAUGGCAUCACCACGGGCAAAUGGCAACCGCGCGGGGUCAGCGUAG